CGCCGCCAGCCGCGCCGACGCAGCCCCGGCCGUGCGCCCCGUGGCGAGGGAGGCCGCCAGCCGUGCCGGGCGGACUUGCGCCAUGGAGGAAGCGCGGCGGAGGCGUUAAGGGGCCGCCGGUAUCCUGCCCGCCGGGGAGUGAAGGGAAGCGGGCCGGGCGAUAGCUGGAGCGGGGAGGGAUGAGCGGCGGCGCCCCUUCGGGGCCGGGCUCCGGCUCAGCGCCCUGCCGUUUCGCCCACUACUUCGUGCUGUGCGGGAUCGAUGCCGACAGCGGAUUGGAGCCGGAUGAGUUAGCAGUCAUAUACCAGUGGCUAGAAGCCGACCGCCAUGGCAGGAAUUCAGAUACUGCAAAAAGAACAACAGGAGAAAAUUUUGACCAGAGCCCCUUGAGAAGAACUUUCAAGUCAAAAGUCUUGGCUCACUAUCCCCAGAAUAUAGAAUGGAACCCCUUUGAUCAAGAUGCAGUCAAUAUGCUAUGCAUGCCCAAAGGGCUAUCCUUCAGGACUCAAACUGACCACAGAGAUCCCCAGUUCCAUUCAUUCAUUAUUACUCGGGAAGAUGGCUCACGUACUUACGGAUUUGUACUCACGUUUUUUGAGGAGGUCACAAGCAAGCAGAUCUGCGCAGCCAUGCAAACUCUUUAUCAGAUGCAUAAUGCAGAGCAAUGCAACAGUGUCUGCGCCUCGUCUUCAUGCAGCAUGGACUCACUGGCCAGCAGCCUGGAUGAAGGAGAUUCCACAUCCCUGGCCAAAAUGCAGCGGUACAACUCGUAUGACAUCAACAGGGACACACUUUAUGUUUCCAAGUGUAUAUGUCUCAUUGCUCCCCUGCCUUUCAUGCAAGCCUGCAAGAAAUUUCUCAUCCAGCUUUACAAAGCGGUCACUUCUCAGCAGCCCCCACCUUUGCCCCUAGAAAGCUACAUACAUAACAUUCUUUAUGAAGUACCCCUUCCACCCCCAGGAAGGUCACUCAAAUUCUAUGGGGUUUAUGAGCCUAUAGUCUGCCAGAGACCAGGGCCCAAUGAACUUCCCCUGUCUGACUAUGCUCUCCAGGAGGUGUUUGAGCUGCUGGGCUUGGAGAAUCUCAUUCAGGUUUUUACAUGUGUUCUCCUAGAAAUGCAGAUUCUUCUUUAUUCUCAAGACUAUCAGCGUCUGAUGACGGUUGCAGAAGGGAUCACCACCCUGCUAUUCCCAUUCCAGUGGCAACAUGUGUAUGUCCCCAUCCUUCCAGCCUCACUCUUGCAUUUCCUUGAUGCUCCUGUACCUUACUUGAUGGGUCUCCAGUCCAAAGAGGGAACAGAUCGUUCUAAGCUGGAACUUCCUCAAGAGGCCAACCUCUGUUUUGUGGAUAUUGAUAAUCACUUCAUUGAGUUACCAGAAGAGCUUCCUCAGUUUCCCAACAAGCUGGAUUUCAUCCAAGAAAUCUCAGAAGUUCUCCUCCAGUUUGGGAUUCCCCUUGAGGGUCGCCAGCACUGCAGCGAGAGUGCAGCCAAGUUAAAAAACCUUGUCCUUAAUGACUUGGCCAAUGACAAAAAGAAUGGAAAUGUGCCCAGCAACACCAUCAACAUGUAUGAGUUUCUCAAAGGCAACGAGACAAUUGCCCGCCUCCAUGCUUUGGCAAAGAGGACAGGAGUGGCAGUAGACAGAAUGGCUAUUACUGCUUCUCUGGCAGAAAAAGAAAGAGAUGUCAAACUCCACUGUGAUGAACAGGAGCUGAAGGACUACAAGCUGAAUGUGCAGCUCCGGGAGGUCUUUGCCAACCGCUUCACGCAGAUGUUUUCCGAUUAUGAGGCUUUUGUCAUUCAAGCGGCACAAGACAGGGAAUCCUGGCUGACCAACAGGGAACAGAUGCAAAAUUUUGACAAAGCUUCAUUUCUCUCAGAUCAGCCCGAGCCUUACCUUCCUUUCCUCUCCCACUUCAUUGAAACCCAAAUGUUUGCAACAUUCAUUGACAAUAAAAUUAUGUCCCAGUGGGAAGAAAAAGAUUCAUUUUUGCGAGUGUUUGACUCCCAAAUUGAAAAAAUGAGACUCUAUAACGUCAGGAUUCCCGCACUAAGAACAUCGACAUACCAGAAGUGUAGCACAUUGAAAGAAGCAGCUCAGGCUAUUGAACAACGGCUGAUAAAGAUGGAUCACACUGCAAUUCAUCCACAUUUGCUUGAUAUGAAGAUAGGUCAAGGCAAAUACGAGCAAGGUUUCUUCCCCAAACUUCAGUCAGAUGUGUUGGCAGCUGGGCCUAUCAAUAACAAUCGGUGGGUGAGUCGCAGUGCUACUGCCCAGCGGAGGAAAGAUCGUAUUCGACAACAUUCAGAACACAUUGGCCUGGACAAUGAGUUAAGGGAGAAAUACAUGCAAGAAGCAAGGACCCUGGGGAAAAAUCUCAGACAGCCCAAACUCUCUGAUCUUUCUCCUGCUGUAAUUGCUCAGACAAAUUGGAAAUUUGUAGAAGGUUUACUCAGAGAAUGUCGAAUGAAGACCAAACGUAUGCUAGUAGAGAAGAUGGGUCAUGAAGCAGUGGAACUUGGGCAUGGAGAGGCCAACAUCACAGGUCUGGAAGAGAAUACACUCAUUGCUAGUCUUUGUGAUUUGCUGGAGAGGAUUUGGAGCCAUGGAUUACAGGUCAAACAGGGAAAAUCUGCAUUGUGGUCCCAUUUAAUUCAGUACCAGGAAAGAGAAGAGAAGCAGGAGCAGCUUGCAGAGUCUCCAAUUGCUGUCGGGCCAGAAAGAAGGAAAUCUGACACGGGGCUUAUGUUACCUACUCUAAGAGUUUCGCUUAUCAGUGAUAUGAGGCACAUUCAGAACAUGAGUGAAAUAAAGACUGAUGUGGGUCGGGCUCGGGCAUGGAUAAGACUGUCUCUUGAAAAGAAACUUUUGUCUCAACAUCUCAAGCAGCUCCUCUCUAAUCAAGCCCUGGCAAAGAAACUGUACAAGCGGUAUGCCUUCCUGCGUUGUGAAGAAGAGCGGGAACAGUUUCUCUAUCACCUUCUUUCUCUCAAUGCUGUGAAUUACUUCUGCUUUACAAGUGUCUUCACUACCAUCAUGAUUCCAUAUAGAACAGUGAUUAUCCCCAUCAAAAAGCUAAGCAACGUAAUCACGACAUCAAACCCUUGGAUUUGUGUUUCUGGAGAACUGGGUGAUACUGGCAUUAUGCAGAUUCCAAAGAACUUGUUAGAAAUGACCUUUGAGUGUCAAAACCUGGGGAAGCUAACAACUGUUCAGAUAGGACAUGACAACUCGGGACUGUUAGCCAAGUGGCUGGUGGAUUGUGUCAUGGUCAGGAAUGAAAUCACUGGACAUACCUAUAAGUUUCCUUGUGGAAGAUGGUUGGGAAAAGGUAUUGAUGAUGGAAGCCUGGAACGGAUACUCAUUGGAGAGUUACUACUGUCAUCAUCAGAGGAAGAUUUGGGAAAACAGUGCCGGACCCCACCUCAGCAGAAAUCCCCAACAGUGGCCCGGAGAUUGAGUAUUACAUCCCUCACAGGGAAGAAUAUAAAACCUAAUGCAGGACAGAUCCAAGAAGGCAUAGGGGAAGCUGUGAACAAUAUUGUGAAACAUUUCCAUAAACCUGAAAAAGAGCGGGGAAGCCUUACCGUCCUUCUGUGUGGGGAAAAUGGCCUGGUUAUGGCACUGGAGCAGGUCUUCCACCAUGGUUUCAAGUCUGCCCGUAUCUUCCACAAGAAUGUCUUCAUUUGGGACUUCAUAGAAAAGGCUGUUGCCUAUUUUGAGAUGACUGACCAAAUUGGAGACAAUGAAGACAACGUUCUUCUUCAAAAAUCCUCUUGCAAAACAUUUUGCCACUACGUCAAUGCCAUCAAUACUGCUCCACGGAACAUUGGGAAGGACGGAAAAUUCCAAAUUCUUGUUUGUUUUGGAACUCGGGAUCAUUUACUCGCCCAGUGGAUUCCAUUAUUGGCAGAGUGCCCCCCACUUGCCCGGAUGUAUGAAGAGAAUGCUCUUCUGCGCGAUCGUAUGAUGGUCAACUCCCUCAUCCGAGUCUUACAGACACUGCAGGACUUCAACAUCGUCUUGGAAGGGUCCCUCGUAAAAGGGGUGGAUGUGUAACAUCUAGCUUGCAGACAACUUUCUUUGUCUCUCCCUCUCACACUUCUCUCCUUUCCUUGGCAAAUGAAAUGCAUCAAGCAGGGAGAGGGCAAAUCUGUGGAAAUCCAAUUGCUGGUGAUCGUGUCCUGCUCUGUGUUUAGAUCAGCUUGUUGAUAAAUGGAAGUGGCUGUGACAAGACGCCUUCCUGAUCUGCCCCAACACUGCAAAGGAGCUAAGCUGCAGUAUCAUAGUUUUCAAAUCAGAGGUUUUGUAUAAAAGAGUAUUUUCAUGUGUUGAUUGUGUGUAAAUAGGCUAUCUUCCUUUAGAAAUGCUAAUUUUUUUCUUAGAAUCAGUGUUCUGGGGCAAGGGGUGGGGAUGUAGCUUAAAACAACUUUAUAGGGGAAGGGAGGAAGCAUUACUUGCGCCUAUGGGGGAAAAACCACUUCAUGUUGUAAAUAUUGUACAGAUGUAGUGGGGGGUGGGGGGAGGCCAUGUUGCAAAGGUAGCCACUGCUGUACUCCUCUUGUGAAUGUACAUGGUUUGCAGCUUCCCCGUAUGUGUUGAUCUCUUGUUAUACCAUUUAGAUUCAGACUUUGUGUGUGUGCUCUGAAUCACCUCUGGGUCAUAGAUUCUGGAUCUUGUCAGUCAGCUCAAAGGGUGGAUUUUUUUUCCCACCCUGAGGAAUCCCUGUACCAUGAACAGGAAGUCAUUUUAGAAAUUUUGCCACCCGAGAUGGCAAAAAUUGAAGAAAAACAGUAUUAUAAUUGUGACUGUUAAUAAUGUUUUCAACUUUUUUUUCUCCCUCCUGCUAUCAUCUUCCCUGAGAUUUUGUGUCCUGUGUUGACAAUGCCUUCUUCCAGGAGAUUUUCUUGGAAGAGAAGAAAGAAAACUUUUGGAAGAAAAAGUGUCCCUUUGCCAUCAGCAAUUUAGGCAGAAUUCCUUCAAAUGGUUUCAGAUAGUUAAAGACUGCAAUCAAACAGCAACCUAAGCCAUGCUUCAUUUUAAACCCAGUUUGUUGUAUAAGCUAGAAUUAGCCUUGCAGAUGUAUAAAACAGGUUUCUCUGACCUGGUUUAUUUUCUUUCUGGUUUUUGUUGCUCUUGCACUGUGCAGAUUGAUUAGAUUUGGGCAAAAACAAACCAGGAAUAAGCCAGGAAAACAUAUACCAUACAGGUCUGUUAACAUUCUAAACCACAUUAAAAGAAUGAUAAACUAUACCCACUACCCUAAAUUAACUACCAUUUAGCCCCCAACUCCACUUGCAUGUUUUGCCAACUCAAAAACAAACCAUAAUGUAUUUAAGCAAUGUGUAAAUUCAGCCAAGAAACCUGUGGCUAUUCCCUCUCCUGUAUCUAGAUCAGUGUUUCUCAACCUUGGCAACUUUAAGAUGGGUGGACUUCAACUCCCAGAAUUCCCCAUGCUGGCUGGGGAAUUCUGGGAGUUGAAGUCCACCCAUCUUAAAAAUUGCCAAGGUUGAGAAGCACUGAUCUAGAAGAACAGGCAGUUUGCACAAUGGUUUACUACAUUGGAGGCCUUUCCUAUUUGGUGAGUUGCUCAUAAUCUGCUCACAGAUUCCUCACAGGAACAAGAACCUUGCAGCAAAAUUGUAGAUAAGACCUGUGGUGAUUAUGCAGAAACAGCUCUCCAUGCAAAAAAGUAAAGACUAAUUUUUAAAGGUGAUAGUUAUAUUACCUGUGUGGUUUGUGAACUAGUUCUCCAUUGCUCCUUCACGCACUAUUCAAAGAAGAUAAGUUGCUUAUAGUCAUUGGGGAAGCAAUGUGAGUUCUAGCAAUGGUGGCACAGAAAAUGGACUGCAACCUAAUUUCUUCCAUGUAACCGCAGCGUCCACAGGAUACCCUGGGAGGCAUAUAUAAGUGCAUCCAAUUCACCACAAAGGGAUUUGGCAACCAGAAUGUGAAACUGGCGUUUGAAGGCCAACAUCUUCAAAUCCAUCAGGGGGUGGGGGUAUGAGAAUCUCCAUAGAGCUUCUGCAGGAGGAAAGCAAGCUUCCAAUUACUCCUAACCAUGAACUUUCCCCUGCAGCAAUCAGAAACUAGAUACUGAAAUACCACAAAUGACCCCAGGUAGAUCCCUGCAUAAUAUUGAUGAAAAGCAUGUGCGUCUGUGGCCUGGAAUGAUUCUAUUUUCAUAUUUCCAAUGAGCUAGCUAAGAAGCAAUCCUAAUUAAAGCUGACGAGAAGGGUAUGUGUAGGAGUAUCAUCACUUUUCCUUACUCGGUAUGCUCACUCUACUUUUCCAAGUAAGCUUUUGAAACUUCAGCUCUUGGCUUUGACCUUCCAGUAAGCAUUGAGAACUACUGCAAUUCGCAUCCAGUCCUCAGCCUACCCUGAAGAGACAGACUUCAGACUAUGAUUCUGUUUAACCUCCAUUUUGGCUUUUUAUAUUUCUGGACCUUUUCCGUGUUUAAUGUCUCAAAAAUGGGGAUCUAGACCCAGACAGAGAAGAGGAACAGAGAGGCUGUCAAAUACCCAGAAUACAUGUUUUGCUUUUUGGCAUGUUACAAAACUGUCCCAACGCUGGAUCCCAAGGCUUGUUUUCAAUAGUAUGGUAUUAAAUGAAAAGCCUAACGCUAAUUGAUUUGGGUGGCUCCAUCCAUUCCAGAUGAACCAGGAGUGAGCUGGAUUGCUGAACAGAUGUCUGCCUUGCUUUGCAUCGGUUGGUCUUGUUUGUAGUUCCUUCUCUGAUGACAGGAAAUUGAUGUGAAUCAUGUUAAAUACUUUAUGCUUGAAAGUCACAGGUCUCUAACAUCUCCACCGGUAUAUAGUGCUAAAUAUCUUACCUGACAAUGUCGUUUCUGUUUCACAGCAUAUGAAUAGUGUGCGAGGAACAUUAUGUACAGUGUAUUCUUUUUAGGCAAUGAAGUACUGUAUAACUGUGUAGUAUUAUUACAACCUUGAGGUAUUUUUGAAGCAUGGGAUUGACCUCUAGUAGACUAGUCUAUUUGAUAACUUCAGGAGUGCAGUUUUUGGUGACUUUUUUCCUAUAGCGUGCAACUUUUCCCCCCUUUUAAACAGACAGUGCUGAUCACUCGGAGCUGAGUGAUUUGGUCCGUCAAACUUUCAGAAAUCAUGAAGAGUUAAUUCUCAGAUCGGCAAGGGCCACGGCUUUCUAAAAUUCAAUGCAUCCUAUUGAUAUCAGUGUUAACCAGCUACUGUUGAUUUUUAGAAGCUGAAUACUUGAAACUACCAACGCUUUCUGUUAACCUACAAAGUAAAAGGAAGAACAUUGUAUGUUCUUUCUAGUAUUGCUAUGCUAGCAUAGUUUUUUUUAAUCACCCAAGACGACAGAAUACAAUUGAAACGUUGAUUAAUAUGUAACCAUAAUGAAAUUGUUUUAAAUUGGAAACCUUGCCACUGCAACCCAUUUACUCAAAAGGUUCAGUUUCACUGUAUUAAAUGAGAGUGAUUUCUGGGUAAAGAAGUUUGGGUUUGUGCUGUUAAUUGCCUCUGCUUCUGAAUAUGUUUUAAGAGUAUGCUUGCAGUUAUUUCAUUGAUACCCCCCUUUCCCAGACAAAAGUGUCUAUCACAUAAGAAAAUGUUGUGUGUUAAACUUGAAAUGUACAAAAUACCUGGUGUAGUUACUAAAUAAUUCCUUUUCCCAAGCCCUUGUUUCUUCAGAAUAUGUUGCUAUUUUAUCUUUCACAUUAGCAGAUUAAUCAGGAUUGGAUAAUAUUCAGGAAACGAAUAUUGGUUAAAAAGUAUUGUUAUUUCAAGCACUUUAGCAUACAUAUCACAGACUGAAGCGGGUUUGUUUUUCUCCAGGGAUUGGAUUAAAACGAAAUGCAGCUUUUCAUGCAAUGGUCUUUACAAAUAAAACUCUGAGAAUAGCAAAA